CACGUCUACAGCCGGUGGAAAAGAAUCCGAUGGGACUGAGAAAUCAUAUUCAUGGUCUACGGUUAUGGUGCUCAGGAACAUGGUUGGCCCUGAAGACAUAGAUGAUGAUCUGGAAGGAGAAGUAACGGAGGAAUGUGGGAAGUUCGGAGCCGUUAAUAGAGUGAUCAUUUACCAGGAGAAGCAGGGUGAGGAGGAGGAUGCCGAAGACAUUGUGAAGAUCUUUGUAGAGUUUUCAGCAGCAUCAGAAACGAACAAGGCCAUUCAGGCGCUCAACAACCGCUGGUUCGGAGGUCGCAAGGUCAUCGCUGAGGUGUACGAUCAGGAACGGUUUGACAACAGUGACCUCUCCGCAUAGACUGUCAAAUACAUCCUGCCCUUCAUAACUUUUUCUUCUCUCUCAUAUCUCUCCUUUUCCUCUUUCACACUUACACAGACGCAGCCGCCAGCCACUCUUCCCAGUGGUGCUGGCUUCUCUUUAUAACUUGUAAUUAUUUUUUAUCGAUGUUGAUAUUGAUAUUAUUAAUGAUCCCUUCUUGGGACAGAGGCAAGGAAACGCUCAUGAAUAUUUUUUUUAUUGUUGCUGUACUUUAAUGUGAAUGACUGGACGCCCCUCCCCCUUUUUUUGGUUCAUUGGUUUACUCCCCAUUCCACCAAUCAGAUGUUGUUCAAAUUCAGUUUUUUGUUUUUUUUCUCCCCUCCCUUUUAUUGUUUAAAAUAUUGUCAAUAGCCUGUUAUGAUGCUCUUGGUUUAAAAUGCCAGAACAAUAAAUUCUUCAAAUAUGA